GUGGUGAUGUGGCCAUCCCCUUCCCUCGCUCAUCUCCCAUCAGUGACUCAGUUCAUCGGCACCUGGAGGUCCUCAAUCUCUCCGAUCUUCGCCGGCGCCAUCCUCCCCUGUAGCAUUUCGCCUCAAAGACUUCCCUGGACGGCAUGUCGGCAUCUCAGUUUGUGUGUUUGCAACUUUGCAUCCAGGGAAAUUUUGUUUGACGAGGAAGAAGCAACAGAAGGGAUCAGGCCCUGGGAACCCACCAUCAGAGCUGAGCAUUAAGAUUACUUGUUGCUGCGAUCACAGUUCUGAAGAGGAGGAGAAACAGAUGGGCAGGGCUGGUUUAAGAAGGAAAUGCAGGUCAAGAAAAUCAGGGGCACGGAGCAACAACAGCAAUGCACAGGCCGACAAGGAGCCACGGCACCGUGCAUCACCCAUCAGGAUCGUGAGGCUGUACCCUCACCUUACCCCGGAACAGCGCAAGAUGAUAGAGGAUGCAGGCUUUGGAGGCCUCCUGAAAAUCAGCUGCCCGACAUUCCCUUGGGGGUUCUGCGGUUGGCUCCUCCGGCGAUUCGACACCGACUACUGUGAGCUGUUGAUCAAGGGUCGGGGAAGGAUUCCGGUCACCUGCGACAGCGUGCAUAGAGUGCUGGGCAUCCCGAACGGCGGGGGUGAUGUCAAGUACUGCUUGGACGACAAGGCCAUCGCCUUCAUGUUCGACAAGCUCGGUGUUACAGACAGCUACUCGCCAACCAUCAAAAGCCUAGAAAAUUCCCUCAAGCACAUGAAGCCCGCAGACGAGCAUUUCCUCCGGACGUUCAUGGUGCUUGUGAUCUCAGGCUUCCUUUGCCCGACCACUGGUCUAAGAAUCAGCCCCCGUUGCUUCCCGGCAUUGGUGGACAUUGGGUUGAUCAGGGACAGGGAGCUGAAUUGGUGCAAGUUUGUUGUGGAGCAGCUCAGGAAGUCUAUAAGCGCAUAUGGCAGGAAGAACAGUGUGCCGGGCUGCCUUUUCUACCUUGUGAUUCUGUAUCUAGAUUCACUUGAUACCCGUGACAUACAAAUUCCCGAUGGAACACCAAGGAUUUCAGCAUGGAACAAGGAGCUUGUUAACAAAGUCAUUGAGAUGGACAUGAAGGACAAUGGCUCUUUCGGAAAAUGCCUUAAGAAAGAGGUGUUAUGCAAUGCAGUAGGCAAGCUUUGUGCAAGUAUGACAAUCGCUCUCUCAAAGUUCAUGCAUGAGGUCUCUGCACUCGAAGGCAAUAGUGGAGAGGCCAGCAGAGAUCGCACUCCUGCUCUUGUAGAAAAUAACAAUGUCAAUAAUGUGGAGGACAAUGACAGCCAAGAGGAGGAAGACGUGCUCCCAGACGAUAGUUCUGAGUUGCCAACCGAGGAUACAAAAGACACAUCUGCCGAGGUGUUUGGAGAUGAAAGCUCAGUGGAUGGAGGUAGCACGGACGAUGACUCUGAGGAUGAUCCUGACUGGGAUGAAGACGAGUUCAAUAGCAGCAAGAAGAAACGUGUUAGAACUGAGCCUGGAGAUGGAGCGGCCAAAUCUGAAAAAGGGACAGUCAAAGGUCCAGGACAUGAUUCAGACACCGCAAAGGAAAAUCAAGAAGCAGGGAAUGGGUGCACUGAAGAGCAUAAAAAUCUUAUGAAGCGAACUUUGGCCUGUGUCGAUGGGGGUACGUCGUCGCACACAAGGAGCACACGCCAGAAAACCAGCGAAAAAAGCAAUGUCGUUGUGGAGAAGACAGCAGUUCAGACCCCCGGCAGCCGGCUUCAUGGCGGUGGAAGGCCGUGCAGUUCUGGCCCGGGGCUUUGUGAUGAUGGGACACCCUUGAAGGUGGAGAAGAUGGACAAGAUGCAUGUCAUUGAUUUGUGUACUCCGACAAGCUCAGAGAGCGACUGCGUUGUCCUUAAGACGCAGAAAAUCCUUCUUCUGUUGAUGGCCCGAAACGGGCCUCAUGAGUCAUGACUCGCAUCACAGUAGCUGAAAUGAUCCUGAAACAUGUGUUCUUAGAGAUGUUGGUUUGUCAGUUAAGGUUCAGUUGGGUCACUUCAUGUGUUGUAAAAAUUCAGAAUAAGUUGACCUGUUAUUGGCUGCAUA